AUGGGUCUUCGUGCCUACUCAUGGAGAACAUUUUUCCAUCACCAGAGAAAAUUUUUGUUCCGUGUAACUCUUGCUUACUGGAAAACUUACCAAGAGAAUCUCCUCAAUGAAGUAUGCAAAUUAAAAGAAAGUGCUUGGAGUGGUGAUGGGGGCUUUGAUUCGAUGGGCCAUUCGGCCAAAUACGGAACUUACACAAUGUUCUGCAAUGCCCUUUCAAAAAUUGUUCACUUUGAAGUUGUACAGUCAAAUGAAACUGGAGGCAGCAACCAAAUGGAGUUAGAAGGAGCAAAGAGGUGCUUUUCAUACCUUCAAAAUAAUGCCCAAGUAAAGAUCCCUAUCUUUAUAUCAGAUAGACACUCUGGUAUCAGCAAGUGGAUACGUGAAAAACAACCAAACACUACCCACUUUUAUGAUAUUUGGCAUGUGGCCAAGGCAGUCACAAAGCGAGUCCUUAAAGCAAGUAAAAAGAAGGGGUGUGAGAUUCUGAAAGACUGGACAAAAGCAAUAAAGAACCACCUGUACUGGUGUGUUACCUCCACCAAGCAAGGUUUUGUGGAAUUGAUCAAAGCUAAGUGGUUAUCAUUGAUCCAGCAUAUUUCAGACAGGCACCAUGAUCACCCUAAUGAAUUGUUUCCAGAAUGCAACCAUGGUGAACUGGAAGCAAGGGACUGGAUUUUGCCUGGCACAGAUGCUUAUGACAAAUUAAGUGCCAUUGUGAACAACACAUGCCUAGUAAAUUAUAUCAAGAAAAUGUCACCCGACACUCAGACAAGUGCACUUGAGUCAUACCAUGCUGUGCUGAACUUUUGGCACCCCAAAAUGCUCUGUUUUUCAUGGAUGGGGACAAAAUGCAGGUAUGCAACAUACAACAUUGUUUUAGUUGUCCCAUAG